AUGAACAAGACCGCGUCGCCCGAGCCCGCGCAUGCAACUCCCGACGCCAUCGACUCCCGACGCGAAGAACAAACCGCGCCGCCCCUUCAAAAUGACACGGAUCCGCCUUCAUCGCCGCUUGAAUCCCUCGGAUCCGACGAUUUCAGGGAUCAACUGACCCCCAACGGCAACGACUUCAUCGGCCUCGGCCUGCGCUCUCCUACACCACCAUCACCCACACCACUAUCGCGAUCAUCAUCAUCAUCCUCGUCCCCAUCCCCUCCACCUCCCGCUUCCGCUAGCGAAGAUGACGACGAACGCCCCCUCAAACGACGUCGCGUGUCAACACCCCCUGCACCCGGGUCUGCCCAGAAGAAGAAACACAUCUCCCCGCCAUGGAAGAAGGUCACUGCCGACGGCCCGACGACUUUCAUCGACAACGGUAGACGCAAGUCCGGUCGCAUCAACACGAUACCUCUCGAGUUCCACCCACCGUCCCACAAACGAAUGACGCGUGGAGCUCUGAACUCCAGUCCUCCGUCGUCCAAGAACAGGCCAGCAUCAACCAACGGUCAUGCGACGACACCGAUAUCGAAUGGAACACCAAAGACUACAACACGGAAGCCGUCAGCAACGAAGCCGGCGCCGGCUCCAUCCAAAGUGUCCAAUCGAAGGGCUACCGCGAAUGAGGCCAAAUCGACGCCGCGAUCGACGCGCAAACGAUCCCCUUCCCCCCAUACCCAGCCUACAAGACAGUCUGCGCGAACAAGGAGGGGCCGUCGUGGCUCCAUCGAUGAGACCACGGCGACAGCUUCUCAGGGUAGCCCGAACCGGACACGAAUCAAGCUGCGCGUGCGCAAUACGGAACUCCCAAUCGUUCACCCGGGCCAGGUCGGCAAGAGGCAAAGAAUCGGGCCCAGCUUCGAGGAAUACUGGGGAAAGGCACAGACGAUACCAGUCGAAGAGGGCGGUGUCUUCGUACCGGAAGAUGGACCAAGCUACACGGACGAGAUGGCCCGAAAAGAAGCCCAGGUCAUCAUGCGUAUUGAACAGGCAGUCGAACCCGGUGGCAUCCUCUCACAGGAGCGUUGCUCGCUGUUCGUACCCGAGACCGAAGAGGAACCACCGCGACAAUGGGCUCACGCCGAUCAUAUGAUCAAGGCCAUGGCCAAUUUCCGUAAGCUGAUGGUUGCAGAGCAACAGCGCCACCGGGCCCAAGCCAAGCGAGUUGCUGAAGCUUGCAGAGACGCAUGGCUUCGACGUCAACCCAAAUCAGCAGAGGAGCUCGAGGCCGAGGUUAGGCUCGGAUGGAUCGGUCGAUACAGAGUGGUCGUCAAGAGCAUGUUUGGCACGUGGGAAAACGUUCGGCUUGAGAUCAACCGCCGGAGAGUGCAAGAAUGGGAAGCGGAGGAACAGCGCCGAGUCAAGGCCGCCCUCCAGCAGGCUGUCAACUUGUCGGAGCAGAAGCUGCAAGCGCGUCGUGCGCACGCCGAUUCGGACCUGUCUGACGACGAAGACCUCGAUGAUGAAGAAGACCUUGACGGCCUUGAUAGCGAUCUCGAACCCAGUCAGGCCAUGUCGGUGGAUGCGGACGAUGACGAUUCAGGCAACGACAACGACGACGUCAUGUCCUCCUCGGGAGAAGAGGAGGGUGGCGAAGACCCCGCUGGCGAUGCUGGCGAUGCCGGUGAUGAAAAGCUCACGCAGGAGCAACUGAGGGCCAAAUACGCAAACCUGCCGGACCUCCCCCCUGACAAACAGGCCGACAGCAAGCUUACCAACGGAGUGGAAUCAGUUAUAGAUUCCAAAGUCGGCGCCACCAGUGUUGACAACGACGAUGACGACACCAGUGAUGAGUCCAUCGACAUGGACGACGACAUGGGGUCCACGGACAUGGAUGAUGACACUGACGAAGGUUCCGAUGUUGGCGAAGAGUCUGAAGGGGAAGACGAGGACGAGGCCCCUGCAGGGCUUCUGGGUAUGCUCUUUGGGAAGUCCGAGCUGAAGAAGAUCAAGAGUGAAGCACCAACCGAUGAUGGGCUGGUUGACGACGGCGACACUCCAAUUCCGACGACGUCCGCUCCGUCUCCAGGCGCCGAGGCUUCCUGCCAUUUUGUCGACGAAGCAGUGGAAGACGAUGACGAAGUUUCGCUUAUUCAACACCCUAGCGACUUCAUCAAUGGCGACGAGAUGGAACUUGAUGACACGACUCACGCAGAUGAGGCGGCACCCCUGACUGAGGCCACGAGAGACACGGCCAGUCAAGUCUACGAGGUGGAAUCCGACAAGCGGACAGUUGCGCCACCGGCACCGCCCCAAGUAGAACAAGGCUUGGUCAAUGGCGAGGACAAGAACACACAAUCGCCCGAGACAGCGGAACCACCGGCUGUGACGCCGGUGGCAGAUGCUCCCAUUGUCACCGAAGAUGUUGAGAUGGAAGAUACUCUGCCAGGGUCAGCAACUGUGCCAGAGUCUGCUCCCACAUCUUCUGCUGCAGCGACCCCGGCAAUCCCGACAAAACACGUCAGCCCUGAUACAGACAUAGUCACCGUUCCGCCCAGUCCGGAGCAGAGCCACUCACCACCUACCUCCGAUACGAAGCCCUCGGAGGUGGACACCAUGUCUCUGGCCACACCGGGGGUGAAGGAUCUUGUCAGUCGGUCAGCCUCACCACACCAGCAGCAAGACCAAAAGACGGAGAUCCCGUUUCUUCUCCGUGGAACACUACGAGAGUACCAGCACGAUGGCCUGGACUGGCUUGCUGGGUUGUAUGCGAAUAACACAAACGGAAUUCUCGCAGAUGAGAUGGGUCUCGGAAAGACCAUCCAGACCAUUUCGCUCCUUGCCCACCUCGCGUGUCACCACGAGGUCUGGGGUCCGCACCUCGUCAUUGUACCAACGAGUGUGAUGCUGAAUUGGGAGAUGGAGUUCAAGAAGUGGUGUCCCGGAUUCAAGAUUCUGUCCUACUACGGAACGCAGGAAGAGAGAAAGCGAAAACGACAAGGCUGGAACAAUGACGACGUGUGGAACGUGUGCAUCACAUCGUACCAGCUUGUUAUUCAAGAUCAACAAGUCUUUAAGCGCCGGCGGUGGCACUACAUGAUUCUCGACGAAGCUCACAACAUCAAGAACUUCAAGUCACAACGCUGGCAGACCCUUCUCGGGUUCAACACACACUCCCGGCUUCUCCUGACGGGCACGCCGUUACAGAACAACCUUACUGAGCUGUGGUCGCUUCUGUUCUUUUUGAUGCCCGCCGAGAAUGGCGUGGGAGGCUUCGCAGAUCUACAAGAGUUCCAUGACUGGUUCCACAAGCCCGAGUCACAGAUCCUGGAAAACGGUCGCGAGACGAUGGACGAGGAAGCCCGUGCCAUCAUCUCCAAGCUGCACAAGGUUCUGAGACCAUACCUUCUCCGACGACUCAAGGCGGACGUUGAGAAGCAGAUGCCAGCAAAGUACGAACACGUGGAAUUCUGCCGUCUGUCGAAGCGCCAGCGCGAACUCUACGAUGGCUUUUUGGCUCGCACCGAUACCCGGGAGACGCUGUCCUCUGGUAACUACCUUUCCAUCAUCAACUGCCUCAUGCAGUUGCGGAAGGUCUGCAACCACCCUGAUCUGUUUGUCGACCGCCCCAUCAUGACAUCUUUUAGGAUGCAGAAGUCCGUCCCAGCAGAGUAUCAGAUCACAGACCAGUUCCUGCAGCGGUCCUUACUAGCAGUAGAGCCGAUGUCUAUGGUCAGCCUGGGGGUGCUGAACAUGAUUCCCACGCAGUAUGAGAACAUGUCCAACACGACGGCAGAGCGCAUUUCACAGCUCAGCUUGCACAGGAUGCUCAUGGAGUUGCGAGAGUCCCAGAACACCAGGGCACAUCUCGCCCGCACAAAUCUUGACCCGUCAACUGUCCAGUCAAACAUCAUGUAUCUGGACAGUCUCGCUAGGUGGCGCCGCUUCGAGGAGCUCCAACACAGCGUCUAUCUGAACGCCCUCCGCGGUCAGCGUCGUCCAAUUUACGGCAAGCGAUUGAUAGACUUUCUGACUCUCGGGUUGAAUACUCGACCUCGAAAGCCCAAGCCCAGGGUCCCCAGUCAGAUAUUGAACUGGUUCGCAGAAGACUCUGACUUCCUUCGCGCCGUCAUCCACACUGCGGAUGAGCGAGCCGAUUCCAUGCAGACGACGAUUCAAAAGUUCGCAUGCGUCACCCCGGCCGUCAUCACUCGCGACAUGAACGAAGUCGUCUUGGGGAGACAGGCCGCACAAGCAUUCACGGAUGAAGACCUCAAGCUGUCUGCACCAGUUCGAUGGGCCCCGUUUAUACCAAAGCAGCCACCCAGCGACCCGUGGCACGAGUCCCGCAUGCGUCUCAGCAUCCAGUUUCCGGACAAGAGACUGCUGCAAUACGACUGCGGAAAGCUCCAAGCUUUGGACAAGCUUCUUCGCAAGCUUCAGGCCGGUGGUCACCGCGCCUUGAUAUUCACGCAGAUGACCAAGGUGCUGGACAUUUUGGAGCAGUUCCUCAACAUCCAUGGCCACAAGUACCUCCGUCUUGAUGGCGCGACAAAGAUUGAGCAGCGCCAGAUUCUUACGGACCGAUUUAACCAUGACCCCAGGAUUCUUUGCUUCAUUCUGUCGACGCGUUCGGGUGGUCUGGGAAUCAACCUGACAGGUGCCGACACAGUCAUUUUCUAUGACCAAGACUGGAACCCGGCCAUGGACAAGCAAUGCCAGGACCGAUGUCAUCGUAUCGGACAGACUCGAGAUGUGCACAUCUACCGACUCGUUAGCGAGCACACAAUCGAAGCCAACAUCUUACGCAAGGCAUCACAGAAGCAGAUGCUCGACGACGUCGUCAUCCAAGAGGGCAGCUUUACCACGGACUAUUUCAACAAGCUUUCGGUGCGUGACGUCCUCGGUACCGAAGGAAACGAUCUUGUCGACGAUGCCGCCAAUGCCGCCAUGGACCGCCUCUUGGGGGGAGUUGACAGCGGGCCCUCGAGAAGUGUGGGCGAAGACCUCAAACAGGCCGAAGACCAAGAAGACGUCGAGGCGGUCGAGGCCGCGGAGAAGGAACUCCAGGAAGACGACGCGGAGUUCCAGGAAAAGAGCGGAGCGCCCUCGGGGGCCUCCAGCACACGGCAAGGCACGCCGCGAGACGACACGACCGGCCAGCCGGGCGGUCCCGGCCCCGGCCCCUCCGGGCUGGGACGUUUCUCGGACUCUGCUGCGCCAGACGAUAUGGCGGCACAAGAGAUCGAGCGCAACGCGUGGGGCACCCGGAUGUAUAACAUUGACGAGUACAUGCUACGGACGAUGGCGGAGCAGCUCAAGGGCACGGCUCUAGACCUGCCCAAGGACAAGAAGAAGAGCAAGAAGAAGGGUCGAGACACACGCAAGCGGUAG